AUGCGCUUGAAACAGGCCUUUGUAUGUGCUCAAUGCACUGUUCGGCUCAGUCGCCGGCCUCUUCUACAGUAUCAGAGCUUUGUAUCUCGAUUUACAUCCAAACGCUCCAACAGUCAUGUCGCCCAAACCGAUCGACCCGUCCGUGUGGCCAUCGUGGGCUCCGGCCCAGCGGGAUUCUAUGCUGCCUAUCGUCUUUUAGCUAAACAGGAAGAUGCGAUAGUUGACAUGUAUGAGAAGCUACCUGUGCCAUUCGGCUUGGCCAGGUACGGAGUUGCCCCGGACCAUCCCGAAGUCAAGAAUUGCGAGGAUAAAUUCACGGAGGUGGCCGAGUCCCCACGCUUCAAUUUUGUCGGUAAUGUCGACCUCGGGCAUGAUCUGCCGCUCGCCGCCCUCAAACCACACUAUGACGCCAUUAUAUUCGCAUACGGUGCUGCAAAAGAUAAGGAGCUGGGAAUCCCUGGAGAGCAAGCUCUACAUAGCGUGCACUCAGCCCGUGCCUUUGUGGGGUGGUACAAUGGUCUUCCAGAGCACAGAGAUCUCGAUCCGGACCUAAGCGGAGAGAACGCCGUUAUUGUCGGACAAGGCAACGUUGCACUAGACGUUGCCCGGAUUCUUCUUUCAGACGUCGAUGCUCUCCGAAAGACAGACAUCGCAGAUUAUGCUGUGGAAAAACUCGCCAGAAGUCGCAUUAAGCGAGUGCGAGUUGUCGGCCGCCGCGGACCCCUGCAGGCCUCCUUCACUAUCAAAGAGCUCCGUGAAAUGCUACAACUUCCAGGUGUAUCAUUCGAUCCCAUUCCACAGGAUAUCUUUCCGCCGGAAGAAGUAGUAUCGGCACUGCCCCGUGCGCAGAAGCGUUUAAUGCAGCUCUUGGCUAAAGGAUCAACCAAUGACCCUCUGACAGCCUCAAAGUCUUGGUCUUUGGAUUUCUUACUUGCGCCUGAUUCUCUUCACUGGUCGCCUGAAUACCCAUAUCAUCUAUCCCAUGUAAGGUUCUCUCGCAACGAACUUGACCCAUCCGACCCCCACAGCCCCAGCUCUAAAGUGUUUCCAAAGCACUUAUCGAGCGGAAAGCGUGCACAGGUCAACCUACCAGCUAGCGUCUUCUUCCGAAGCGUGGGCUACAAGUCCCUCCCCCUUCCAGGACUAGAGGAUCUUGGUAUCGACUUCGAUACGCGGCGCGGUGUCAUCCCUAACGAUGGAUUUGGUCGCGUAACAAGCUUGUCGAACAAGGGCGAGCCUGAAGGUCUACCUGACGGAUCUCUUAUAUCCCAUCUGCCCGGCCUGUACUGUGCUGGUUGGGUGAAGCGGGGUCCAACGGGUGUAAUUGCCUCGACAAUGACUGAUGCAUUUACUACUGCAGACACCGUUGUACAGGAUCUGGCAAAACGUACCGGUGUAACGUCCUUGCUGCAUGCACCCGAUAACAGUACCGGUCUUGGCUGGGACGGUGUGAAAAUCGAGGCCCAGCGCCGUGGUUUACGUCCCACGUCGUGGAAAGACUGGCAGCGAAUCGACGCGGCAGAGAGAGAGAGUGGCCAAGAGAAGGGCAAGCCUCGGGACAAACUGGGGCGUAUAGAAGAAAUGCUGAAGGUGCUUGAUUGA